GAGCGCCUGGGAGCUGGGGCGCAAGCGCAGAGGAGGGCAGGGGGAGCGGGCUGGCGGCGCUGCGGGACCCCUGCGUGGCGGCUGACUAGGAGAGGAGAGCCCCGGAGUUCUGGCCCACGUGACCUGCGGCGGUGGGGGCGCUGGCCUGCGGGGCCUCUGCCUGAGGACUCGCCGAGGGGAGGGAACUCGCCGUGGGGAGGGGCCUCGGCCACCCGCCCGUCGCCGAGGCGGCCGCUGCUGCAGCUUCGCCCUGUCGGCGGUGCUCCGCAGGCUCUCCCGCCCCAGGGAGAAAUGUUGCUGAAGUGCUGCUGAAAGGGCCAGAGAUGCAAGGAUUUGGGACACGUUUUGAACCUUUAAGCUGUCUGACAUUGACCUCCUUUCAUUAUUAAUAAAGAAGAAGCAGGAGCUUAGGAUGUAUUAACGCCAACUCAUUAGUAUACUAACCGGACAAUAUUCUGCAACAAUUCUACAUUGUAGAACUGCAUUGGCAUAAAAUGAAAUAAUUUCAUAUUAUACCCAGCUUAUAAUAUGAUUCGAUGGAGGAAAAUUUGAUAAGCAUGAGGGAAGACCAUUCUUUUCAUGUUCGUUACAGAAUGGAAGCUUCUUGCCUAGAACUGGCCUUGGAAGGGGAGCGUCUGUGCAAAUCAGGAGACUGCCGUGCUGGUGUGUCAUUCUUUGAAGCUGCAGUUCAAGUUGGAACUGAAGACCUAAAAACCCUUAGUGCUAUUUACAGCCAGCUGGGCAAUGCUUAUUUCUAUUUGCAUGAUUAUGCCAAAGCAUUAGAAUACCAUCAUCAUGAUUUAACUCUUGCGAGGACUAUUGGAGACCGGUUGGGGGAAGCCAAAGCUAGUGGCAAUCUGGGAAACACCUUAAAGGUUCUUGGGAAUUUUGAUGAAGCGGUGGUUUGUUGUCAGCGACACUUAGAUAUUUCCAGAGAGCUAAAUGACAAGGUAGGAGAAGCAAGAGCACUUUACAAUCUUGGAAAUGUGUAUCAUGCCAAAGGGAAAAGCUUUGGCUGCCCUGGUCCUCAGGACGUAGGAGACUUUCCAGAAGAAGUCAGAAACGCUCUGCAGGCAGCAGUGGAUUAUUAUGAGGAAAACCUAUCACUGGUGACUGCUUUGGGUGACCGAGCAGCCCAAGGACGUGCCUUUGGAAAUCUUGGAAACACACAUUACCUCCUUGGCAACUUCCGGGAUGCAGUCAUAGCUCAUGAGCAGCGUCUCCUUAUUGCAAAAGAAUUUGGAGAUAAAGCAGCUGAAAGAAGAGCCUAUAGCAACCUUGGAAAUGCAUAUAUAUUUCUUGGUGAAUUUGAAACUGCCUCUGAAUACUACAAAAAGACACUACUGUUGGCUCGACAGCUCAAAGACAGAGCUGUAGAAGCACAGGCUUGUUAUAGUCUUGGGAACACACAUACUUUACUUCAAGACUAUGAAAAGGCCAUUGACUAUCAUCUGAAGCACUUGGCAAUCGCCCAGGAGCUAAAUGAUAGAAUUGGUGAAGGAAGAGCAUGUUGGAGCUUAGGAAAUGCAUACACAGCUCUAGGAAAUCAUGAUCAAGCAAUGCAUUUUGCAGAAAAGCACUUGGAAAUUUCAAGAGAGGUUGGAGAUAAAAGUGGUGAACUAACAGCACGACUGAAUCUCUCAGAUCUUCAAAUGGUUCUUGGUUUGAGCUACAGCACAAACAAUUCAGUAAUGUCUGAAAAUAUUGAAAUUGAUAACAGUUUGCAUGGUGCACGCCCCAAGUUUGGACGCCGACACAGUAUGGAAAACAUGGAACUUAUGAAGUUAACACCAGAAAAGGUACAAAACUGGAACAGUGAAAUUCUUGCUAAACAAAAACCUCUUAUUGCCAAACCUUCUGCAAAGCUCCUCUUUGUCAACAGAUUGAAAGGGAAAAAAUACAAAACGAAUUCCUCCACUAAAGUUCUCCAAGAUGCCAGUAAUUCCAUUGACCACCGAAUUCCAAACUCUCAAAGGAUCAGUGCAGAUACUAUUGGAGAUGAAGGGUUCUUUGACCUGUUAAGCCGAUUUCAAAGCAAUCGGAUGGAUGAUCAGAGGUGCUGCUUACAAGAAAAGAACUCUGGAUCAGCUUCUACAGCAGGUUCUUCCACUCCCCCCAGAAUGAUGCUAAAAACGCCCUCUGCUUCCGUGGUGUCCCCCAACACAGAUGAGUUUUUAGACCUUCUCGCCAGCUCACAGAGCCGCCGUCUGGAUGACCAGAGGGCCAGUUUCAGUAACUUGCCAGGACUUCGUCUGACACAAAACAACAAUCAGUCACUACUUGGCCACCUGAUGACUAAGGACAGCAAAGAGCCUGACGAAGAUUUCUUUGACAUCCUUGUAAAAUGUCAGGGGUCCCGAUUAGAUGAUCAAAGAUGUGCACCACCACCUGCUGCCACAAAGGGACCAACAGUACCGGAUGACGACUUUUUCAGCCUUAUUUUACGGUCUCAGGCAAAAAGAAUGGAUGAACAGAGAGUUCUUCUACAAAAAGAUCAAAACAGAGACACUGAACUUGGGCUAAAGGACCUUUUGCAGAGUAAUGCUUUGUUGGAACUUAAAAAUUCAGGAAAAAAAUAAGCCAACCACUAAUCACUAUGAAUAUAGUUUUUUAAAGCGACCUUAUUUCCUUUCAGAAUACUGCAGGGGAAUCCAAUCCUUUUUUCCUUAAAAGGAGAAAUUACAGCACUGUGCUCCAGUUUAAAAUGUUUUUAGCGUGAUGUAAAUACUUAACCUUUAUUAGUACUGUAUUAAUUAACAUUCCUCUGGACACUCGCUUGUUUCAGGGUGUGGGUGUCUUAAAAGGUGCUUCAUCAACUUUCCGUGAUUACUGCUUGGGAUUCUGUUCGUUGGCAGCUUGUUAUGUUCCUUGACCUGGUAUUUGUAAAGUAGGAAGCUAAAUGAAUCUAGACCAGAAUUUAAUCCUCUUGCUGAGCUAAUAUUUUUUACUCUUAACUGACCAUGGCAUUUUUUUUACACUUAACCAUGGAUGUAGUGAGAAAUUAGUUUCAGAAAAUAAUGUACUUGACCAAUGUGUAAAAAAUUAUAUAGACUAUUAAAAAAGUUAGGUAUUUUUCCCACUAAAAAAAUCUCUAUUUUCAACAUAUUUUUCGGCCAAAGGCAUUAUAAAAGAAACUCUUAAGAAUAAACUUCGUUUAGUGUGCUUUCGGCUCUUUGUGUAAUUUUAAGAAACAAAAUCUAUUUUUUAUAUAUAGGUAUGUAGAUCGAUACAUACGUGUAUGUGUGUGUGUGUGUAUAUAUAUAAAUUUUUAUCUUUCGUUGCCAAAUACUGCUGUAAAAUUUUUUAGGACCUCACGACCAAAAAAAAAAAGUUCCUUGGUGGCACAGGUUAUAAGGAUCCAAUGUUUGUGGCACAGGCCGCAAUUGCGGCACAGGUUCAGUUCCUGGCCUAGGAACUUCCACAUGCCACAGGUAAGGCCAAAAAUAAAUAAACCUAAAAUAAAAACCAAAAAACCUCAUGUGGCUAUGUCAAGAACCCAGGUCACAAAAACUAAGUAUCAGAGAUAUAGGUUACACCCUCAGUUAUCAUGAAGCCUCACCCUCCUCUUGCCAGAAACUGAAGGUAGUUUUCAAGAGUACAUAAUGGGAUAUGACCUAAGUUUAGCAAAAGCGACUCAACAGGGAUGGGACUGAGCCGGGCCUGGCCUAAGGCUGAAUUGCAUAAUAUAAAUGCCCACGCCUGGAACAGGCUGGCAACUCCUUCACCUCUGGUUGCUUCUGAUUCUGCACAGCUGGGAUGGAGUCUUGGGAUCUGGGCCUCUGUCGUAACAGUCCUUCAGGUGACUUUGAUGGGCAGUGAGAACCACUUCUCCAAAUGGUGAAUGUUUUAAAAAACAAGAAGAAGGAGUUCUCUUUUGGCGCCGUGGCCAAGGAUCCAGCGUUGUCACUGCCAGGGCUCAGGUUGCUGCUGCAGUACGGGUUCAGGUUCAGUCCCUGGCCCAGGAACUUCCACAUGGUGAGGGCAUGGCCAAAAACUAAAAAUUAAAAAGAAAUUAACAGAUAGUUAACACAAUCUAGAAUAACAUUAAGGGCUCAGGGGAGAAAAUAAAGAUUACUCUUGGUUUCCAAGAUGAGACAAAUUUUGUCAAAAGUACUCAGUUAACUCCUGGACUGUAUUAUGUUCUAUGUAUUAUAUAUGUAUUAUAUAUAGGGUAUUAUAUAUAGGAUAUUAGCAUCCUUUUAAAACCUGCGCUUAAAUUGCAUGGGACUUUUUUUUUUUUUUUUGUCUUUUUGCCUUUUCUAGGGCUGCUUCCGCGGCAUAUGGAGGUUCCCAGGCUAGGGGUCUAAUCGGAGCUGUAACCACCGGCUGACACCACAGCCACAGCAAUGCGGGAUGUGAGCCGUGUCUGCAACCUACACCAUAGCUCACAGCAAUGCCAGAUCCUUAACCCACUGAGCAAGGCCAGGGAUCGAACCUGCAACCUCCUGGUUCCUAGUCAGACUCGUUAGCCACUACACCACAACGGGAACUCCAUGGGACUUUUUCUUACGAGCAUAUUUACUGAGCAAAGACAGCAUACCAAACCACAACAAUGUAAAAAUAAGUGUUUAUUUUGCGUAUACGGUAGUUCUUAAACCCUGUAAACAUUCAACAUUAACUAUUCCACUUAAAAAUUGCUUUGAAAA